AUGGGACGCUUUCUCCUGGCUUAUUAUGGAUGUUUGGGGCCAUCUUCGGUUCUCCAUGCAGAGCUCUCGACAAUACAAGAAGGUCUCCAUCUGGCAUGGUCGAAGGGCCUUAACCGUAUUAUUGUCCAAACAGAUAGCUCCGAUGCCUACGAGCUUUUCUCCCCACCAACAGUUAAUAGGCUAUUCUCUCAUGUGAGAAGCAUAACCUUGCUCUGUUCUAGGAAUUGGUUGGUUGAUUUCACAUUAAUCCGAUGCGAAGCUAAUUACGCCGCUGGCCAUCUAGCCAAGCUCGCAUUGAAGAAUGAGCGCCUUCUCAGAGUUAUUGAAGCUGCCCCAGACUCCCUUACUGCUAUUCUGCACCGAGACUUAUAUGCCCCCUUCACGUUCGCAUGA